AUGAAUGUCAAACAUAGCCUCGCCGACUGUGUUACAAGUGGCCCAGCUCGAGACCUAGGUGAGCCAUGCAAGAUUGGCCGAGGCAUGGCAAGCACAACCAAUUGUGUUGAUGUUGCAGAAAUAUGCCACGAACAAGAAUUUGAAACCUCCAAGAAUUUGGAAGCUCCUUGUGCUUGUUCUGGAACAGUCAAGUUUGCACACAGAGACUGCAUACAGAGAUGGUGCAAUGAAAAGGGAAACACAACUUGUGAAAUUUGUUUACAGAAAUUUGAACCUGGUUACACGGCACCGUCCAAGAAGGCCCAGUUAGUUGAUACGACAUUAAUCAUAAUAGGAAGUUCAGAAGUUCCAAGAAGAGAACGAGAAGAAGAAAAUGGAGGUGAAGGACAGAUGCUUGAAACUGAUGACAAUUCCGAAGAAUGCAAUUCAGCUUCACACACAAGUGUAGCUACUAGCUGGAGAUCAGUGGCUAUCAUUUUCACAUUUCUGCUUCUGAUGAGACAUUUGAUGGGCGUGCUCACUGGAGAAACUGGAGAUUACCCAUUUUCACUUCCUACAUUGCUUAUUGUCAGGGCAAGUGGCAUACUUCUCCCAAUGUACAUGCUGAUACAAUUGAUCAACAAAAUUCAAAGCGGAUUGAGGCAACAUAAUCAGAGUUCAGCUACCGAGGAAUCGAGCUCUGAUGAUGAAGACUAA